AUGCGUUCUGCCAAGGAGUUCUUCGCUGACUUACGUGGGAACUUUCGCAUCACAGCCUUCCGCGCGUACCUUCCGAAGACCGCGGAACAGGAGUGGAAUUGCAUGAAAGGUAGUCCUCCUGUCUGCCGAGAUCUUGAAGGAGAAGCGGUGUCUCCUUUUUUGCGGCGCAUUGUAGCUUUCGGUCCCGAGAAAAGGAAAGGAAAAUGCCAAAACCGGAGUAGAAGGCGCGUGGUUUGCCAUAAAAGGAGUUCAGUGCAGAUCACAUUUGAAGAGGGUCCUCAGUUGCCACCGGCCGCAAAUAUAAGUCGCGUGACGUGCAAAGGACAGUCGGACCACAGCAUGGUGCUCUCCUGCCACCUGUCGGCUGAAGCGGUGAAAUUCCCCGUCUCUGUUACUCAGCAGUCCCCAGCCGCUGUUUCUGUGGACACCUAUCACGUCACUUUGGCUGUGCUGCAGGCUCAGGUGGAGAUCCACUUGGAGGAGAUAGAGAACGAAGGUCUCCUGGUGUCGUGGAUGUUCGAGGACAGACCGGACUUGAACCUUUCGGUUCUUCCGAGACUUCAGCUUCGCGAGAAGAAUGAAGGGAGAGCAGAUCCGUCCACCGUAAGGGAUCUGAUCGAGGAUGCCAUUGUCAGCACGCAGCCGGCCAUGAUGGUGAAUCUGAAGGCCUGCGCCGCCGGAGCCGGUGUGGUACCCAGCAAUAAGCUGACUCGAGAGUCCCCGUCCGGAGUUGCCGCGGCCCCUCUGGGUUCUAAGCUGGUGCUCCGGAAUCUUCGCGUGCUGAACUUGGGCUGCCAGGAGAAGGGAGGAGUUGGGGACGUCUGCUGCGUGGCAGAGCUGGACAGCCCCCCGCAGCAGAAGCGGACGAGGCCGGUGACGGCCGGCGGUGCCGGUGCCACAGCAGAGAUAGAGUGGAACGAAGAGCUCUUCCUGGAGCUGGGACCUAGAAGCAAAGAGCUGAAGCUACAGGUGCUGUGGAACAGCGACGGAGGGAGAAAUGUGCUGCUGGCCCAUGCCACGCUUUUGCUCGAUUCUUUGGGCAAACAGCCGUCGGGGAGACAGGUCUGCUCGCUGGCCCCGGGAGCUGGGCGGUCGUUGGCGGCUGAAGCUACCGUUAUACUGGAGCUGCUAUUCCAGGAGUCUCCUGCAGCUUUGAAUGCUCAGCACGCCUCGUCUUUGCGAACCAGCAUCACCCCCACUAAGAAGGUGGAGAUGGACCGGACCAUCAUGCCCGAUGGCACCAUCGUGACUACUGUCACCACGAUUCAGUCCCGGCCCAAGGCAGACUGCAAACUGGAUUCACCGUCGAGAUCUCCUUCCAAGGUGGAAGUGACUGAAAAGAAGACAACGGUGCUUCUGGAGAGCGGCUGGGCCCGCGGCCCGUUGCCCAGCGGUAGCCGGGAUAGCCAUAUGCCCAACGGCUUGGAUCCGGUGGCCGAGACGGCGAUCAGGCAGCUGACCGAGACGAACAACAAGCCUGCCAAGAAGACCCCGACAAAACGUAGCACGCUGAUCAUCUCGGGAGUUUCCAAGGUACCUAUCGCUCAGGAUGAAACGGCACUUUCUCUGGGUUACGCUGCAUCCCUGGAGGCCACGGUGUACGGGGAUUCUGCGGUAGAGGGUGCGGCCGACCGGGUGCGCGAUUCUUCGGAGUCGUCACGGCCGCUGGAAGCGUCGCCGUCGGGACAAAGGGCCAGUCAGGAGCUGGAUGAGACGACGCGAUCGGACAUCUCUGAGAGACCGUCGGUGGAAGAUGUUGAGUCUGAAACUGGCUCCACGGGAGCCCUUGAGACGAGGAGCUUGAAAGAUCACAAAGUUAGCUUUCUUCGGAGCGGUACCAAGCUCAUCUUCCGGAGAAGGAGCAAGCAGAAGGAAGCGGGCCUGAGCCAGUCGCACGAUGACUUGUCCAACGUCGCCGCCAGCUCCGCUGCUAGGAAGAAAGCCGGCAGCUUCUCCCGCCGCCUCAUCAAGCGCUUCUCCUUCAAGUCUAAAUCCAAACCUAAAGCUAGUGACGGCACGACAGCAGGUGAGAACUGA